UCAGUGCUGUGUUUUCAUCCCGCUUCCUUCCCAUCAUUCGAAAUUGAUUAUAUAAAUACUCAAAUCAUCAAAUCUAUCUCUUCAAUCCAUAGCUCCCCCAUUUCUUCGCCGAUUCUCUCUCUCUGUUGCUCUCUUUUCAAUUAUUUCCUCUCAUUCUUUUUUAUCUUUGGGUAACCGCAAGCCAAAAAACACACAGACACGCACACACUACACUAGGAAGAGAGUUUUCGUGAGAGAGAGAAACCCUAAGUUUUCUCUGCCGUUUCUGUUUUUGUGAUUUUGAAAUCCCCUGCUUGGAGACUCAUUUCAGUGUAGUUAAAAUGGCCAUGGAGAUCACUCAGUUUCUGCUGGCUGCCCAAUCGGCAGAUGCAAAAGUUCGGACAGAGGCAGAGGCUAGCCUUAGGCAGUUCCAGGAGCAGAACAUGCCUGUUUUCCUUCUUUCAUUGUCAGUUGAGCUUUCAAAUGAUGACAAACCUGUUGAGUCCCGUAGAUUGGCUGGUAUUGUGCUUAAGAAUUCAUUAGAUGCCAAAGAUGCUAUUAGGAAGGAACAACUUGUUCAACAAUGGAUGGCAAUCGACAUUUCUAUUAAGUCUCAAAUCAAAGACUCUCUUUUGAGGACCCUUGGUUCAUCUGUACCUGAGGCAAGGCACACUGCUGCUCAAGUUAUUGCAAAAAUCGCUUCAAUUGAGAUUCCUCGGAAGCAGUGGCCUGAACUCAUUGGGUCAUUGCUGAACAAUAUGACCCAGAAAGACAAGCCUGCAGCCUUGAAACAAGCUACCUUGGAAGCACUGGGAUAUGUUUGUGAAGAAAUAUCUCAUCAGGACCUCGUGCAAGAUGAAGUCAAUGCUGUUCUCACUGCUGUUGUUCAAGGGAUGAACCUAGCUGAACAUGGUCCCGAAGUUCGGCUUGCAGCAACCAAGGCUCUGUAUAAUGCUUUAGAGUUUGCACAGACCAACUUUGAGAAUGAGAUGGAGCGGAAUUACAUCAUGAAGGUUGUAUGUGACACUGCCAUGUCCAAAGAGGUGGAAAUCAGACAGGCUGCUUUUGAGUGUCUUGUUGCAAUAGCGUCAGCAUAUUAUGAGGUGCUUGAGCCUUACAUGCAAACCCUAUUUCAGCUUACAUCAAAUGCUGUAAAGGGCGAUGAAGAGACUGUUGCUCUCCAAGCAAUUGAGUUCUGGAGCUCUAUCUGUGAUGAAGAGAUUGAACUUCAGGAGUUUGAGAGUCCUGAAAGUGGUGAUUCUGGACCUCCACAUUCGGGUUUCAUCGAGAAGGCUUUACCGUCUCUCGUUCCCUUGUUGUUGGAAACUUUACUGAAGCAGGAAGAGGAUCAAGACCAGGAUGAUACAAUCUGGAAUAUAUCUAUGGCUGGUGGGACGUGUCUGGGUCUUGUUGCCAGAACGGUUGGAGAUGCUAUAGUGCCUCUUGUAAUGCCAUUUGUGGAAUCUAACAUUUUGAAGCCAGAUUGGCGUUGUAGAGAGGCAGCAACUUAUGCAUUUGGAUCUAUUCUUGAAGGUCCAACUGUUGAGAAGCUCUCUCCUUUGGUACAGGCGGGUCUGGACUUUUUGCUCAAUGCUAUGAAGGAUGGGAAUAACCAUGUGAAAGACACAACUGCUUGGACUCUUAGUCGCAUUUUUGAGUUGCUGCACAGUCCAGCUACUGGAUUUUCUAUCAUUUCCCCUGAGAAUCUCAAACGAGUUGUGGGUGUGUUGUUAGAGAGCAUUAAAGAUGCUCCCAAUGUAGCUGAGAAAGUUUGUGGGGCAAUCUAUUACCUUGUCCAAGGCUAUGAGGAUGCAGGACCUAGCGCCUCUCUUUGGUCACCAUAUCUCACUGACAUAAUUAGUUGUCUGAUUUCAACUGCUGAUCGGACAGAUGGGGGUGACUCCAAGCUCAGGUCUUCUGCUUAUGAAACCUUGAAUGAAGUUGUGAGAUGUUCUAACAUUGCUGAAACAUCUUCUAUUAUAGCACAGCUACUACCAGUCAUCAUGAAUAAGUUGGGCCAGACUAUGGAUAUUCAGAUUGUGUCAUCAGAUGACAGGGAAAAGCAAGGGGACUUGCAAGCCUCUCUUUGUGGUGUUUUGCAGGUUAUCAUCCAGAAACUUAGUAGCACAGAUGAAACCAAAACAAUCAUACUUCAGGCAGCUGAUCAGAUCAUGCUUCUGUUCCUCAAGGUGUUUGGUUGCCGUAGCUCUACUGUUCACGAGGAAGCAAUGCUUGCAAUAGGUGCUCUUGCCUAUGCCACUGGAUCUCAGUUUGAGAAGUACAUGCCUGAGUUCUAUAAGUAUCUUGAGAUGGGACUGCAGAAUUUUGAGGAAUACCAGGUUUGUGGAAUCACAGUUGGGGUUGUUGGUGAUAUCUGCCGUGCCUUGGACGACAAGGUCUUACCUUAUUGUGAUGGCAUCAUGGGUCUUCUUUUAAAGGAUCUUGCUAGUUCAGAACUUCACCGGUCUGUAAAGCCUCCCAUAUUCUCUUGCUUUGGGGACAUUGCUCUUGCAAUAGGAGAGCACUUUGAGAAGUAUGUCCCGUAUGCUUUGCCCAUGAUGCAGGGAGCAGCUGAAAUCUGUGCCAAGAUGGAAACAGCUGAUGAGGAGAUGGUGGAUUAUGGCAACCAGCUCAGACGUAGUAUUUUUGAAGCUUAUUCGGGUAUCCUCCAAGGUUUUAAGACCGUGAAGCCUGAUGUGAUGUUGCCCUAUGCCCAACAUCUUUUGAAGUUUAUAGAAUUGGUCUCUAGAGACAAUCAAAGGGAUGAAAGUGUGACAAAAGCUGCGGUUGCUGUUAUGGGUGAUCUUGCAGAUGCUCUUGGAUCCAACAUAAAGCUUUUGCUUAAAGACUGCUUGUUUUAUGAUGAAUUUCUAUGUGAAUGUCUCCGAUCUGAUGAUGAGCAGUUGAAGGAGACUGCAGGUUGGACCCAGGGUAUGAUUCAACGCGUCAUGGUUUUAUGAGCUUGAAAUUUAGGGCUGAAGGUAAAAGUUGAUAUCUUGGUCUGUCCUUUUUGCUUGCUAUAAAGCUGCUGUCCAUCUAGUUCUGGUAAAGGUUUUGCAUAAGGGUCGGGAACCGAAGGGGGUUUACUACAUGUAGCUGUGCAUUUAUUAUUUGCAGAUUCGGGUUUUGAAUUUAUCAGGGUUUUCUUAAUCCUCAUGUGAUUGGGUAGAUAAAGUUUUAAGUGCUGGCAUUGUUUGAGGCCUUUAUGUGAAGGUGGUCCAAAAAAACUUGUGAAACAGUUUUUUUUUUUUAAAUCUAAAUGCAUCCUCUAAAUCGGUGGCUUGUCGAGUUAAUUUCUCUCCCUGAUUGCUUUGGUUUAAUUUCUCAUUGAAUUGAACAUACUGGAUUUUCGUGUGAUUCUGUAAAAAAGGAUGUAUACAUACAUGAAUGAUCAUCCUAAAUAA